AUGGCCCAGUGUGCGGCUUUCCAGAGCAAGUUAGCCUCGGUCAUGGAGCAGCUCGCCCAGGCGGCCGUGCUGGAGAUCAGCCGGCUGUGGGAGGACGGGUUCGCCCUCGUGCAGGUUGAGCUGCGCCGGAGACAGAGCGAGAUCGAAGCCCUGAACAAAAAGUUGAUGCUGAUGGAAAACGAGCGACUGACAGUGUUGAGUCAGAUCACAAAUAUCUCCUCCUCCUCCUCCUCCUCUUCCUCCUCCUCAACUGCAUCAUCAUUCUCCUCAUCAUCAGCAUCUUCUUCUUCUUCCUCCAGGAGAGAGCAGCACAACAAACUGCUGCUGCCCACAGGUGAAGGGCCUAUUCCAGAUUCAGUCCAGACCUUUUGUUCUGAUGCGGUUGUCAGAGAGAAUCACACUCCACCACCACCACCACCACCACCUCCACCACCUGCUCAGACAGAGGAGAUGCAGUGUGAGCAGCACAGGCCUUACCUCUGUCAAAGGGAGGACAUGGACGACAUGGACGACGAGGACUUCGUCAAGCUGGAGGAUGAGGACGAUGUCCAGAUUGUGGAACAGAUAGUGGACUCUGAUCACAGUGUUAGUGACAGAGCCGGUUACCACGAGAGGGAUCCUAACCCCCAACCUGCCGAGGUACUGGAAGAGCCAGAGAACCAGCAGUGGACGUCUGUGACGGUGGCCGACAGCGACUCAGCUGAGGACUCGGACUGCCUCUUCGAACCCAAGCAGCUCUCGCAACACCUGGACUCGGAAAUCCUACUCAUUCAGAAUGCCUUGGACAUCUUUGAUAACUCAGCAGAGACGGCGUAUUCGGACAGAUUCCUGAGGGAAAAUGGACAAAGUGCAUCGAGCAAAUCGAGGGCUCCUCUGACCUUUAGCCAACCUCAGCUCAGUCAACCUCGAGAAGCAAUAAAUCUCCCGGAGAGAGGAGUGUCCAUCAGAUUCCUCUCAGAGAAACAACAACAAACGAAACACGUGUCGAGUUUUAACUCUGACAGCCGGUUGUUCCUCUUAAAUGACCCAGAGUUCCAUAAAACUAUGGCGAGUCGCCGCAUUAAGGAGAAAUGGUUCAUCUGUCCGUUCUGCGGAAAGAGCUUCGACCGUAUCAGCCACCUGGAGAUUCACCAGCGGAUUCACACCGGGGAGAAACCGUACACGUGUGAUAUAUGUGGCAAGUGUUUCUCCCAGAGGAGCAACCUUCGCACUCAUCAGCGGACUCACAAAGAAACUUUAUCCCAAAAUGCAAUUUGAUUCUAUGUGUUUGAAAAGAAAAGCGAAAAUAACCUUUGUGUUGUUUCUGUCUAGAUGAAUUAACAAAUUAUCUUUAUAUUUUGAUAUUACUGAGAGGUAAUGUAGCUGACUAAUAUGGCUGUGCACUCACUUUAAACAAAAAAAAGAAUUGUAAUCUAGCUUUGUUAUUUUUAAACUCAAGUGAGCAAGCAGAUUUAUAAAAACACGCAGGGGACUCCAGCUGAGCAUUUUGACUUCUUAAAGGUCCUGUGUCUAGGACUUCAGGGGUUCUACCUGCAGAUAUAAACUUUAAUAUUUAUAAGGUUUGCCUUAAUAUAUAAACAUCUGAGACUAUUGCUGUGUUUUGGUUAUCUUAGGGUUGUGUAUAUAUAUAUAUAUAUAUAUAUAUACAUAUAUAAGGAGUGGGUGUGCUGUGUUGCUCUGCCUUCUUUCUAUCAAUCGCUUGCUAUUGAGUGGACCUUUAUUUAUUUUUUCGUGAAGGCCACUGUAGCUUCUCCUACAAGCCGGGAAGGGGAGCGUGAGACUACGUGUGUUGAACUGGUUGCAGUCUGAAUCAUUAAAUGCCACUAAAUCCUACACACAGACCAUUUUAAGUUUAAAGAAAAUGACACAAUUUGUUAUUUAAUAUCUGGCCGAUUUGAAUUGAGUCACUAUGUCUCAGAAAACUGUUCUCGACAACUAAUUUACCUUCGAUUGAAUGUAAAUUUAAAUUUCUACUCGUUUAAAAGCAAGAAAACAUUCAAAAUUGAGUCGUAUGUCAUGAGGUCACAGCAUCUGUGGGAAACUGAUGUCAUACUGGUUUGUCAGGAGUGGCUAACGUUAGCAGCACCAGCAGCCUUCUGUCCAUUUAACAGAGUUGUUCUCUGUUGUCGUUUAUUAUUUCUGGUGCUGACUAGCAGUCGCAGCCUGGUUUAAUCACUAAGUCGACUUAUCGAGCUCGUCCCUGCAUCAGAAGGUGUUGGACAGCAAAACUCUGCAUGUUUGAUCACACACUCUGAUGUCUCUGUCAUUAUAGUUCUCAUUCACUUUCAAUUGCCUGGUUCACUUGGGGAAAUAUAUCCAUUUGCUUUUUUGACACCACUUCAUUCUGCUUUACUGUCUGUACGGUAAAUAUGAAGCUUGAGUCGGCAGCUGUUUGGUUUAGUUCAGCAUCAAUCUACCAAACACCUCUAAAGCCCACUACCCUUAUAUUCACUGUACAGACACAGGUUGAACUGAAAUGAUCUAAACCUUUGGAAAGAAGGCAAAUUAACAUAUGAAACUAUUCCUCUAAUACAGAGGUUCAGUAACAUUACUGAAGUCUUCACUCCCCUCUGUGAGAAUCCACUUUUUUCUACUUGUAUCCAGUUAAUU